AUGACUAAAGAGAGGUACCAGUUACAGACCAGCUACAACACCAUUACUAAAGAGAGAGACCAGUUACAGACCAUCUACAACACCAUGACUAAAGAGAGGGACCAGUUACAGACCAGCUACAACACCAUUACUAAAGAGAGAGACCAGUUACAGACCAGCUACAACACCAUGACUAAAGAGAGGGACCAGUUACAGACCAGCUACAACGCCAUGACUAAAGAGAGAGACCAGCUACAGACCAGCUAAAACACCAUGACUAAAGAGAGAGACCAGCUACUGUCACGAUUCUCUAAAGCAGAACCCAGAAGCAGACCAGGACAAGGUGAGUAGACAGAAGGGGAGUAUUUAUUUAACGACUCAAAUGUGGAAACAGGAUAAUUCAGGAGAUGGAGCGGGCAGCGGAGGUGAGUUUGUGGAAGUGAAUAGGCAGAUCCAAUGAUGUUACAGAACCCACCGACGACCAGGCAAGGGUGGAGUGAAUGUUCCGGGAGAAUAACUGUACACGGCAAGCAAAAAGUACAAAACCACAAAACUAACUCUAGAAAACCUGAGGCUGAUACGCUGACACAACAUACUGUUCAUGGCUAACAAUCCGGCAGAGAAUGGAUGUCAGGUCAGAGCUUAUGAAGUGAAGAGGUGGUGAUCAGGACCAGGUGUGCAGAUAGCUGAUGAGUUGCAGGUGCGGGUAAUCGAGAGAUCUCCCGCCUAGCUUCGUCGCCCGGCAACCAGACAGGGUGCGUUCAGGAACCCUCAGGAAACAGACUCCAAGACAGAAAACAGGCAACUCAGGCAGAAACAGACUCAGGAAGCGGGAUUCAUGACAGCUACAACACCCUGACCAAGGAGAGAUAUCAGUUGGAAGGGACAGAGACAGGCUUCAGGAGUUCAAAAGAGCUUGUCUAUCCUAGAAAGUUCUAUGCAGUUUCAGUCCAGUUUGUAUUACAUCUCAUUUGAGGUAACAUCCUGGGAUGAGAGCAGACAACACUGCAUUGAUAAAAGGGGCAGAUUUGGUGAUCAUAAACAGCAAAGAGGAGCAGACUUUUCUCACUAUGAUGAACAAGAGGGUCUGGAUUGGACAGACUGACAAAGACAGAGAGGGGACCUGGAAAUGGGUGGACGGUACCCCUCUGACCACAGCCAACUGGAUGGUAAAACAACCUGAUAAUGAAAGGGAUGAAGAUUGUGCUGAGAUCUACAAUAAUGAUUUACCGGUAGGAUCUGUGAGCAGGAGCUUUAACGUUGUAUUAUAA